AUGGUCCACCCUCAGGAAGUCGAUGUCAUCGUAGCUGGUGGCGGUCCUGCAGGAUGUGUUGUUGCUGGACGAAUGGCCUAUGCCGACCCAAACCUCAAGGUCAUGCUCAUUGAAGGCGGCAUGAACAACCGCGAUGACCCGUGGGUAUAUAGGCCUGGUAUCUAUGUGAGGAACAUGCAACGCGACGGAAUCAAUGACAAAGCGACCUUCUACACCGACACCAUGGAGUCAUCCUACAUGAGGGGCCGCCGUAGUAUCGUGCCCUGUGCCAACAUUCUCGGUGGUGGAAGCAGCAUCAACUUCCAGAUGUACACAAGGGCUUCGGCGUCCGACUGGGAUGACUUCAAGACCGAAGGAUGGAGUUAUGAGGAUCUCCUUCCUCUGAUGAAGCGGCUCGAGAACUACCAGAAGCCCGUCAACAAUGACACGCACGGUUACGACGGCCCCAUCGCCAUCAGUAACGGUGGCUGCAUCUCCGCACUUGCUCAAGAUUUCCUUCGUGCGUCCGACGCUAUCGGUAUUCCCUACAGCGAUGAUAUCCAGGACUGUAAAACCGCAAACGCCUCCGAAAUCUGGGCCAAGUAUAUCAACAGACAUACCGGAAGGCGAAGUGACGCCGCUACUGCCUAUGUUCACAGCGUCAUGGAUGUCCAGACGAAUCUCUACCUUCGAACCAAUGCUCGCGUCAACCGCGUCAUCUUCGAGGGCGACAAGGCUGUGGGUGUAGCCUACGUUCCUUCGCGCAACCGUGCCCACGGUGGUAAAUUGAUUGAGACCAUAGUGAGGGCAAACAAGUGUGUCGUCCUUAGCUCCGGUACUCUCGGUACUCCGCAAAUCCUCGAGCGCUCUGGUGUCGGUAGCUCAGAUCUGUUGAAGAAGUUGGAUAUCAAGGUUGUCAGCGACCUCCCUGGUGUAGGCGAGCAAUACCAGGAUCAUUACACAACCCUCUCUGUUUACCGUGUGUCCGAGGAAAGCUUCACAUUGGAUGACUUCUUGCGUGGUGACAAAGAAGCGCGAAGAGAGUUGUUCCAAGAGUGGGAGGUUUCUCCUGAGAAAGCCCGCCUCUCUUCGAACGCCAUCGAUGCCGGCUUCAAGAUCCGCCCAAGCGAGGAGGAACUGAAAGAGAUGGGCCCCGAGUUCAACGCCCUGUGGGACAGGUACUUCAAGGAUAAACCCGACAAGCCCGUCAUGUUCGGCUCGAUCGUCUCGGGUGCCUAUGCCGACCACGCCCUCCUUCCACCGGGCAAGUAUAUCACUAUGUUCCAAUACCUGGAGUACCCUGCUAGCCGUGGCAGGAUCCAUAUCACCUCGCAGAGCCCAUACGUCGAGCCUACCUUCGACAGUGGUUUUAUGAACAACAAGGCCGACUUCGCGCCCAUCCGCUGGUGCUACAAGAGGACCCGCGAGAUUGCGAGGCGUAUGGAUGCCUUCCGCGGCGAGCUCACCUCGCAUCAUCCACACUUCCACCCUGCCUCCCCGGCCGCAUGCAGGGAUAUUGAUAUCCAGACCGCGAAGAAGAUCCUCCCUGAUGGAUUUACCGUCGGCAUUCACAUGGGUACCUGGCAUCGCCCCGGAGAGCCCUUCGACCCCUCGAAGGUUCACGAGGACAUCAAAUACACGAAGGAGGAUGAUCAGGCUAUAGACGACUGGAUCGCGGACCAUGUUGAGACUACAUGGCACAGUCUGGGAACGUGCGCGAUGAAGCCCAGGGAACAGGGUGGCGUUGUUGACUCUAGGCUUAACGUCUUUGGCACCAAGAACCUGAAGGUCUGCGACUUGUCGAUCUGCCCGGACAACCUCGGCACGAACACUUACUCCUCCGCUUUGCUCGUCGGCGAGAAGGGCGCUAGCUUGUUGGCCGAAGAUUUGGGCCUGAAGAUCAAGACGCCUCACGCCGCUGUCCCUCACGCCCCUGUGCCGACUGGCAAGCCUGGCACCCAGUUGCACAGGCGUUGA